AUGGAUUCAGACGCCAUCUUGAUAAUUCCCGCCUUCCAAAGCAUCAUGGAAGUAAAUGCUGCUAAGCACCAUGGGAAAUUCAAUAUGGCGGAAGACACGUUAAGACAGUCUUGCCAAAGUGGUAAAGAUUCCUACCUUUUUGAUUUGGCCGGAGACAAUGUUAAAUGGAAAACAAUAUCUCUCACUCACGUGGAAUAUCCAGAAGGAGAUAUUACGGGGAAGAUCUUGGCAUGGUGUAGUCUGCUUCCUAUAUUUAUCGUGGUUGGUUUUAUUACUUUAAUAAUUUUCCGACGUGAAGUUCACACGAUGACAUUCUUUGGAGGAAUUUUAAUGAAUGAACUUGUUAACAUGGUGGUGAAACACUCUUUGGCAUAUCCUAGACUAUGUGGGGGUCAUGUGUUUGCACAUUCUGGAAGUGCAAUGCCAUCAGAUCAUGCUCAGUUUAUGGCUUUCUUUGCUGUGUAUUCUGUCCUGUUUAUAUAUGUAAGGCUUCUACAUUUUUCUCAAGCAACCACAGUAUGGGAUGAUUUAAUAGACAACUUAUGGCGGCAUGUACUAGCAGUUGGUGUUGUAUUGGCUGCUGUUGCUGUUGGAUUUAGUAGAAUAUACCUCAGAUAUCACACCCCACAGCAAGUGGGUUAUGGCUUUCUGCUGGGAUGUGGACUUGGCAUUGCUUGGUUUCUUUUCACACAGACAGUUCUCACACCAAUCUUUCCAACUGUAACAACCUGGCCUAUCAGUGAAUACUUAAUGAUCCGUGAUUCAACGCUAAUCCCAUCAGUCAUGUGGUUUGAAUAUACACAGUCAAGAACAGAAAUGAAAAAACGACAAAGGAGAGGCUCACACAACAAUUAUUUUAAGUCUCAUACUUCUUGAAAAGAAAGAUGAGGUCUGUGCAAGGUUGUGCUUGGCAAAACAUAAAUUGAUCUUUUGAUCGAUUAUCAGAACUUAUCAAUCUUCAGUAAAUCCUAAUUACUGAUUAAUUAAGAUUAAUUAGGAUAUUUACAAGUAACCAGCCUUAAAUUAAAAGCAAAACUGUCGAAGUUUGCAUCCUCUUUCCUUGACAGAUUUUGUUCCUGAUGCUAAAUGCUUUCAGUAAUCUUUCCAAGGAAACUGGGGGUAUAAAGUAGAAGAACUAUUGACAGACUUCUAGAGCAAACAUGCAGUGGAGAUAUUGAUUGCAAAAAAGAUGCUUAUCUGACAGAAUUUUAACCCAUUUGUAUCAGCCUCUUCAUCACAAUUUUGUUAAGCCUUCUUUGUAACAUGCUUUCUUUUGGAAGGCUGUGCUAGUGUGCUUAUCUUCCCAAUUGUCUGGUACCCUGCCUUUUUAAGGCACUUACUAAAUGGAGAUAAAAGAAAAGACAGGUGAAGUGAGAAAAAGAGGUGGGAGAUUGAGGAGCAUUUUCCUUUACCAAAUCCCCUUCAACUUUCACUCUUUUUCAUUUUCUGCUUUCAUGCCUGUCUACAUCUGACCAAUAGUCAACUACAGGCUUUUUAAUCGCUGGCAGUUUUUCAAAGAAUUUUUCUGUUCUUGUGUAAUUCAACGAGACAAAUUAUAAACAACUAAUGUUGUUUUUUUUCUUUAUUUCUGUCGCGUAGAAUAGUAAUACACUGAGGUGUGGAUGAUUUAUUCAGUAGUUAAUACCGUCAUUUGAAUAGAGACAAAGAGAAUAGUAAAAUUAUAUGGGUGGCCAAGGGAGGUAUUGGUCCCUUAAUUUUAAAUAACAGAAAGUAGAAAGAAUAUUUCCGAGGGACAAAAUUUGACAAUUUAUUUGGAGGGGGGAGUGUUUGGCUAAGUAUUUUGGGGAUAGCUAGGGUAGAUUAAUGAUUUUCAUAAGGAAUUUAAAGAAGAAGGAGUUGGUGUAACCCACAUGGUAUUGACAAUUUCGUUUUCUUAAUGCAAUUGGCCGGGAUUUUAUGUGACUUAUAUUUUACUGUAGAGGGAUUUUGGGUCCACUUUACAAAAAAUUGGUUUUCUUUUGAAGCGAUCGAUGUCUUUACAUGGACCUCCUUGUUGCCUUAAAUUGGAAGUAUCAACUUUCUCUGGAGGGGAUAAGUGGUCUCUUUGAGAAAAAUAUAUAUAUUUACUUUUUAUUUGCGUUGCAAAUAAGGAAUAGUUCUAUUUUUGAAGAAAAUAAGACGUACCAAACGCUUCAGUGAAAAUUGUAAGUAAGUUAAGAGCUUUGAGUAUUAUCAAGUUUUAUUUGAUUGGUUUUGUGAUGUUGGUAUGUCCUGCUGUUUUAAGGAUUUAUUGAAAUGUCUCGAGUUAACGUAAGUGGAUCAAUAUCAGUAUCUGGGUAACUACCCACCUACCCCUCCCCUAACCCAACAUCAACCCUAACUUGUAAUCAAUUGACUGGUGUUGAGUUGGGGGGGGGGGGGGUAAGUGGGCAGUUGCCCAGAUACUGAUAUUGAUCCACGUAAGUUAUAUUUUCUUGACUUCGAUUGUGCUUAUCUUCAGUGUUGAUGCAUUGUGUUAGUGAGCGUUUAUUUUUGGGUCAGUUAUUUUUGUCAAAUGAAAAUCACUAACAAGUACCAAACAAAAAUUCUAAUAAUAAAUAUUUUAU